GUAAACUAAAAAAAGCAAACGGGCAAACGAUCAAGGAAGCGGCGACAGGAAGACGAAGAAGACGAUGCGAGGGAGGAUGUCAAUAUCCAUGGUGUGUCUGUUCGCAUUCUUCUUCUUGAUAGGAGUCAUGCCGUCAGCUAAUAGCAUCGAGGACAAAUGUCUCGCCUGUAAAGCCGUGGCGGAGGAACUAGAGCGGGGACUUUCUAAUGAAAGGCCCCGGAAUCAUUUGGAUAUGAGGCACCGCUUAGAUUCCACGGGCCAGCGUGUAGGAAAGGUAAUUGAUUACAGAGUUAGUGAGCGGGUGGUUGAACUCCUCGAUGAGCUUUGCGAAAAGAUGCAAGAGUACACACUGAAGAAGAUAAAUUCAAAUAAAUAUGAAUGGUUCAAAGUGGAUAGCUGGGAUAACAUAACAAAUAAACAAGAAGCUCGGGCAUAUUCGAAAGAUAUAUCUUCUUAUUGUGGAAGAUUACUGGAACAAACAGAAGAUGAGUUGGCCAAUUUGAUAAAGGAAGGAUCUGUUAAAGUGGGAGAUGUGAACAAGGUUCUUUGUGAAGAUCUGAGCAAGCACUGCAUUCAGACAAGCGCUUCGCAUCCGGGAGAAUUCGUUGAUGGAGAUGAUGGAGAGCUCUAAAGCCCUGGAUAUUUGGGCUGCUGCAGAUGUCUCCUGUUCUACAAUUAUAUUUCGAAGAUACAAACUUAAGUUGAUGUUCUUUAAGUUAAAAUUGGUUGACCACUUUGUCCACUUGUCAUAAUUAGUUCUCGUUUUCUAAUUCACUCAUCCAACUCUGACGUGGAAUGCCCCAUACUUAGAUUUUUGAACAUAUUGUAUCUUUGUUUUUUGGAUCAACCGCAAACAAUGCUCUAAAAUCCUUGCCUUGA